GGCCGAAUUUCAUAGUUCGUCCCACAAGCAGUUAUAAACACUGUUUCUACAAAAGACAAAGGCAUUACGAACUUGUCAAAGUUCAAUUGUCAAUGAUCGCAAACGGACUUAGGACUUCGGGUCUUAGCUUAUUAGGGCCAGGUUUGAUGUUUCUUGGAUGUUUACUUCUACUGCUCGUGGUAUUACUAUGGGUGUACUGCUUCGCAAAAGGGACUAUAGAAAAUUAUGAAAAAGAAAUGACUGAGUACCUACAGUUGGAAUCAAGUGAUGAUGAGGAACUUAAUGAAUACGUUCCUAGGAAUAUGGCAAAGAAGUUUAGAGAAGAGCAGAGAGCCUACGAAGAAAAAGAUAAUCCUACAGUCUUUGCGGAAUAUUUAUCAGAAGCCGAACGAUGUGGGCGCAAAAUACAUGACAAUAAAGCUUACAAGGAUGGUGAAAGUUUUAAUCCGACUUUAUUGCCAGUAGAAACUGUAAACGAGAAAUACACCCAUGUCUCCUGUUUACAUGACAGUGGCUUUCGAACUAGGAUUGAAUUUAAAUUCCGGCACGACUUUUCAACUAAAGAAUUAUCAUUUAUUAUAGUCAGUGUGAAAGAUUUUCUAGACAGACAACAUGGCGGACCUGAGAAAAUAAAAUUUGUUAUUAAAUUUUAUCAAAACAAGAAACAGAAAAAAUGUCAACGAAAAUUAACCACAAAAUAUUUUGGCGUCAAUGAACUUCUUCCUCCCUAUUUCCAGAUAUCCAAUAUUGACGAUUCACUUUUGAGCACAAUGAUUAUUAAAGUAAAGGUGUUGGGAAAGAGAAAAAACUUUCCAAAUGAUAUUGAGCAUGCUUUGGGCGCUAUAUAUUUUAAUGUGGGAGAACUUUUUCAUGAAUCUAACGAAGUGUCUGUGACAAGAUCUUUAUUUCCACUCGAAAAUGAAUUUAAAUAGACAGAUAAAAUAUUACAUUACAUAUUCUUUAACUGGUAAUGUGAAAAGUGACAGCAAAGAACGUAAUGUGACCGUUAAAAUAGCUAUGGAACACACAGCUUCCGGUUUUCGUUGAGAACUCGUACAAAAUCCUGAUCUUCUGCGGUUUAAGUGAAGAAAUGCGUGUCUCGUACACGCGGUUAAUAAAAUUGACGAUCAAUCUGCCAUUUUAAAAUUUGCAUAGCUCAAGUUUGGAAAAGUUCUCUUCUUGAUUUUUUUGUCUUGUAAAUACUUUUAAAAUAUUUUUUGAAUACCUCUAGCUAUAUGCAUGCUAUGCUUUACCAAUCUGAAGCUAGCCUUAAUAAGAAAGUAGUAAGGAGGCAUAUUAUCGAGUGUAGACUGUACACUAUAUAGGCGAAGAAAAAUAACAAUCAGGGAGAACUAUAAUUAGCCUGUCACCCGUAUAAUUAGCUGUAUAAGCGGAUAAUUUUACUGCAUGUACCGUAUAAUCAUCCGGUAUUUGCUAACUAUCCUGGGCACGCUAAUUAUCAGGUCUCCCUGACUGGUUAAGUUACGGUUAAAGAGAUGCUACUGUGGCUAGGCUUUAGUAGCAUCUUUUUGCUGAUGAAUGUUGUAAAUCAAACUACAUGCAAACAUGGUUUAACUGGACUAUCUGGUUUGUUGCUUUAAUUGUUUUUUUUAUUUUCCAUUUUAAAGUGUUUCCUCGAUGCUGUAUAUAUUUCAUUGACAUAAACUUGCUUUUUUGCAGGGAUUUUGUUUUAUUAAAACAUGCUUUCACUGGCACAACUUUUAUUAAUAACCUUAUUUACUCAAAACAUGAUGUAAAUUUUUUUUCCAUUAUAUUUCAGUGAACGAUUUUUAGUAAUUACUUUUGCAAGACCUGGUGCUAUUGUUA